UAUGAUAGUCGUAGAGGUACUGCUAACCCAGGAUUUGGCCAUUUACACUUGCUGGAUUUAUGUUGUCCUAUAACGGGAAUUACACACCACCUAAACCCUUGCUACCACUACUCCAGAACCCAAGUGGAAGCUGGGGUUGAGGCCCCAUGGCACAAGCCAGAGUUACCGAGCAUAAUAUGGCAGAAACCUUCCUUACAGAACCAGUUUGUGGUCACACACGCAGAGCUGGGAGACCCCGAUGCAAAACAUAAACAGGUUACCAACUCCCACCCCUCUCUUCAACUGAG